CACAUGUAACCACGUUUGUUCCAUAAAACUGUUAGAACUUUAAAUCAUGCUUAUGUGGGUUUGUUUAUGUUUGAUUGUGCAAUGCUGUUGAAAAUAACGCAGCCGUGUGAUAUAUGAAUCGGGCAAUGUAUAUUGAUUGUAUGAUAAGUGUAAAAUAAUUAUAAUGCAAGGACAUUUACAACUUACGUUAGCAAUUAUAAAGCCGCAUGUGAUGAAAGUUCCACAUGUUUUACAGAAAAUUCGGAACUUGAUUCUUUCUAAUGGCUUUUAUGUGGUGCAGAGGAAAUCCACAUUCAUGACUGAGGAAGUGGCAACAACAUUUUAUGCUGAACACAGAAAUAAAUUCUUUUAUAACAGGCUUGUGACUUUCAUGUGCAGUGGUCCAUUGGAAGUGCAUAUAUUGGCUCGACAGGAUGCAAUUAAAGUGUGGAGGAAUUUGAUGGGGCCAACAAAAGUAUAUCAUGCUCAGUUCACAGCUCCUAUGAGCAUUAGAGGAAGCUUUGGACUGUCUGAUACCCGGAAUGCAGUGCAUGGUUCAGAUUCAUUAGAGUCCGCUGCCAGAGAGAUAAAGAUCUUCUUUCCAGGCUUCAGUAUUGACAGGUGGUUUCUUGAAGAAGAGGAGUAUUUUCGGAAGGGUGCUGUCAAGUUGUGUGAACAAGAAUUUAUUCAUAACAUCAUUUCUAUUUCAUAAGGCCAAUAAUGGAGGAAAAAAUUGCUGUAGAGGAGGACAGUGCACUAGCUUUGAAAUGUGAACUUGCAGUAUGUGCGUCAACUCCACUAUUUGCUAGCCUGUUGCUGACAGUGGCGGAUGCUCUUGUCUCACGGGGAUUCAAGUCUGACACUGACCUGCAAGAAUGGUCACUGAAUUAAGAAUCAGCGUGAUGUAUGACAGAUGAUGGAAGCAGUAAGCACCUCUGAAGCGUCCUUAAACUUCGAUCAGACUACGCAGCACAGCGUCCCAGAAGACGGCCCGGAAUGAAGCCGAGCGGCGAGUGAUGUCACGGGCUCAAACUUCUGUCCAGUGCUGCAUCGUUAAACAGCUGUAAAGAGCUCCUCAAGAAACACCAGAGGGCAGCUACGGUUCAGGGUGACAGCGAAAUCGUACGACGUUGCAACACGAAUGGAGAAUCCCGGUCGAGCGAAGACAGCGCGGAACUAGCAGCGUAGCGGUGACCUAAGUCCUCGUGACAAGGGGGUGGAGUCCUCUUGUUGUCUUGGAGCGUGCUAUUUAUUUUGUGGAGCCAUGAAAGAAGACUGGUUGUGCGUCCGACGCCUUGGCAUGCGCUGUACGUGUGUCUGGAGGCCAUAGAUGGGACGCCCAGAAUCGUGGGAACAAUUUCUUCAUCAGCAGAAUCUCCGUUCCAACCUCUGGAAACCGCAUUACACUUCACUAACUUCAUUCCUGAAGAAUUGAAGUUUCAAACUGUGGAACUACACGCACGGCUAUCAGAAUUCCCAGUGGCCUUUCAAUCGCAGGACUUUCAUGGCAAGAAGGAGGAGAGAAAGUUAGUGGAAAAGGUUUACACCUUUCGAGUAAUGCAUUUCUAUUUCUUCUUCUUAUUCUUCUUCUUCUUCUUCCUUCCAACAUCAUUCGGGCGUGAUUUAAACCAUUUAUCGGAAUGCAGUUCUUCCUUAAUCAUUUGCUCGAAGACGUCUAUUAUUUUGGAACCAUAGACGACUAAUAACUCUGGAAGUGGCAGGCCCUCAGUGCUGCCCUCUUCACUGUAAAAAGUAAAACUUGAAAUGAUCUUGGUGUGAAAACAUUGCACAUUGCUCAUUGAAUUACUCACCUAUGACGUUCUUCAAAUACUCUUUACACUGCACUGUUAAUUGUAACCAUCAACGCAAAGGUAUCUUAAUUUAUUUGGUGACGUAACAGUGUCGUAUUAAAGCCACACGUUUUAUAAAACUAACAAAUUGCGCCUACACUUUAAACACCAAAAACUACACGAAAUGGAACUACUUACAUAAUCGAUUUGUAAACACGUUCAGAUUUAAAUAUUAAAUUUAGAAAUUUAUUAUCAAACUAUUGUGAUAUAUUAUGUGGCACAAAUAUAUCCAUUGGUUCCUAUUAAUCUUUAUGCAAAUGGACUCAUUCUUUACGUGGAAAUCACCCAUUUGGUUAAUUCUAUUUUGUUGACAAGAGGUCUAAUAAUCUUUGGUACAACGAUUAUAUAAAUGUUACUGUAUUAGUGUCUUAUGACGUAGUCCCUGUUUUGCGGUGUUGCGUGUAUGACGCCUUAUUGUGGGCCCUUUCGAACCAGUUCUGGUGUGUGUCCACCAUAUCAGGACACGAAUGUGAUUCGAAAUGUGUCGGUGUGUUCAUUCACGGUUUCUUACGGCGCUGACUGCUGACGUGUGUUCCAUUUUGGGAUUUGCGAAUAAUCUAGAGAAUUCGGGUACGAUUUUCGGCUCGUCCGUGGUCCAGAAUGUCUCCACCCGUGUUUCAAUUCUUGUAAACGUGACACCACUCCUCAGUGUUCAUGUACGGGCCUUACUUUGUUGUUCGUAAUAAUACAACGCUGGCGGAAGGAAUGCGUCAGUUGCUGUGGGCUUAUGAAAUGUUGAGUAGUGGUGAGAACUUGAACAACAAGCAACUCGUGUUGAAUUAAUUCUUGCCUGUGUGUUAAAAGGGCGUGCGAGUCAUUCAAAUUCCGUGAACAUUGAUGUUUCCAUUAAUGAUUUUUCGGUUUAAUUCUGACUUUAACGAGAUUACACGGUCAGCGCCAAGCUCUGUGGCGUUAAUGUGGACAUUUUUAUAAAAUUGUUACAAUGUUAGCGCAGCUGUAUGAAUGCAUUGCGUGAAAAAUAUAGAUCUAUAAUUGUUGAUCAUCUGGGAUUUGAAA